CAUCAUGCCAUCGGUGCCCCCCAACGAGGAGGUGUCGUCCUGUCCUCAUGCGGCCAACAAUCACGUCACCAAUGGAGGAGCCGAUCUGGGAGGGGAGAGGAAAUGGAUCCGACCCGACCUACCCAGCAAAUGUACCUGGGAGCUGGGGAUGGCACCGAGCGCGUCCCCCCAUAUCCACACCCCCCCUGUUUCCCCUCCGUCCAUCAUGUCCACCAUCCUGCAGAAGAUCGGACACACUCCACUCGUCCGCAUCAAUAAGAUCGGAAAACGUCACGGACUCAAGUGUGAGCUGUUGGCCAAAUGUGAGUUCUUCAACGCAGGAGGCAGUGUGAAGGAUCGCAUCAGUCUGCGCAUGGUGGAGGACGCCGAGAGAGACGGGGUCCUAAAACCGGGGGACACCAUUAUAGAGCCCACCUCUGGAAACACAGGUAUCGGAUUGGCCCUCGCAGCGGCUGUGAAGGGAUAUCGCUGCAUCAUCGUCAUGCCGGAGAAGAUGAGUAUGGAGAAGGUUGACGUUCUUCGCGCUCUGGGGGCGGAGAUUGUCCGGACUCCAACCAACGCCCGCUUCGAUUCCCCCGAAUCCCAUGUGGGAGUGGCCUGGAGGCUGAAGAAUGAGAUUCCCAACUCUCACAUCUUGGAUCAGUACCGAAACGCCAGCAAUCCUCUCGCUCACUACGACACCACCGCAGAAGAAAUCCUGACGCAGUGUGAUGGACAGCUGGACAUGAUUGUGGCGGGGGCUGGGACUGGAGGAACCAUUACAGGACUGGCACGAAAGAUGAAAGAGAAAUGUCCAAAGUGCAAGGUGAUCGGAGUGGAUCCAGAAGGUUCGAUCUUGGCCGAGCCGGAGAAGCUCAAUCAGACAGAUAAGACUGGAUAUGAGGUGGAGGGGAUUGGAUACGACUUUAUCCCCACGGUGCUGGACCGAUCGGUGGUGGAUGAAUGGUACAAGUCCAAUGAUAAAGAAUCCUUCUCGAUAGCUCGGGAUCUGAUUCGGGAGGAGGGGUUGCUGUGCGGGGGCAGUUCUGGGAGCGCUAUGAGCGCAGCGCUGAAAGCGGCGCAGCACUUGGAGGAGGGGCAGAGGUGUGUCGUCAUCCUACCAGAUUCUGUGCGCAAUUACAUGACGAAGUUCCUGAGUGAUAAAUGGAUGACCCAGAAGCAGUUCCUGAAGGUGGAUGAUCUAGAGGGGAGUAAGCCCUGGUGGUGGAACGUCAAGGUCUCUUCUUUGUCUCUUUCUGCCCCACUGACCGUCCUUCCAACAGUCAACUGCAAUCAGACCAUCCAGCUCCUUCGAGAGAAAGGCUUUGACCAAGUCCCCAUCGUGUCCGAGUCCGGGCUGGUCCUCGGGAUGGUAACGCUGGGAAACAUGUUGUCCUCUGUGCUGGCUGGAAAGGUGAAACCAUCCGAUCCGGUCACCAAAGUCAUCUACAAGCAGUUCACACAGGUCCAUCUUGAUGACAAUCUGGGGAAACUUUCCCGAAUCCUGGAGACGGAUCACUUUGCAUUGGUGGUCCACGAGCAAAUCCAGUCAGAUCACAAUGACGGUUCCUCCAGCAAGAAGCAGAUGGUUUUUGGGGUGGUGACCGCCAUCGACCUUCUGAAUUUUUUGACCAGGGAGCGGGUGCGACGUCAGAGCGAGUCCAGCGACAAGGACCCCAGUGAAAGAGUCCGACAUUUCAGCGCCUCGUGAGCCCCAGAAGUUGGCACCGGUUCCAUGUUCUGUAGGGGGAGGGGAAUGCCUGUAGGUCAGUUCUAUUUGGCUGUUACAUGAUGAUAAUGGUGAUUUAUGUAGCAGUGGCAUGUAAACAAUAAAGAGUUUUAUUUA